CUCCCUGCCGUAGUUGAGUAAACUACAUGGGCAUUAGCGGGCGCAGCGGCACAACCACCGAGCCGGAGUGGAUUAAAACUGCGUGCGUGCGUGUUUGGAGAGCCACUCGACAACCGACUGUGUGACCAAGUGAGAACCCCCUCCCGGAGUGUAAUCGCAAGUCCGUUACACCAGUUUGCAGCUGCGAAACAGCAAAGCGGAGGCUCUUGGUAAACUCAGUUAGUGCCGUGCAUUGUGUUGUGUCAGUCAGAGAGAGCUCGGCGGGAAUGGCUUCAUCUCCGUGCGGCAACAGUAACUUUGAUUCCGGUCUGGAAAUCAAAACUCGCUCGGUGGAGCAGACGCUUAUUCCUUUAGUUUCGCAGAUCACCACUCUGAUCAACCAUAAAGACAAGCCAAAGAAGUCAGAGCGCACCCUGGCAGCUAUACACAGAGUGGGUCAGGCAGUGAGUGUAGCAGUGGGGCGUUUUGUAGCAGUCGGGGAAGCCAUCGCUACAGAGAACCAGGAGCUGAAGGAUGAGAUGGGUCAAGCGUGCUUCGAAGCUCGCAGAGCAGGUGAUGCCAUAGCCCAGCUGACAGAUGUUGGCUCAGCCCUGCCGUCCCAGUUGGAUGGACGUGCCACAGUGUUCAGUGAUCGGACAGCGAUGGUGAAGGCUGCUCGGUUGCUCCUCUCUUCUGUCACCAAAGUCCUGGUCCUGGCUGACCGUAUUGUCAUCAAACAGAUAAUCACAUCACGCAACAAGGUUCUGGUAACCCUCGAUCAUUUGGAAAGAGUCAGCACCUUCCAGGAGUUUGUACAGAUUUUCAGCCAGUUUGGCAACGAGAUGGUGGAGUUUGCUCACCUGACAGGAGACAGACAGAAUGACUUGAAGGAUGAGAAGAAGAAAGCCCGAAUGGCAGCAGCUAGAGCAGUGCUGGAGAAAUGUACCAUGAUGCUCCUCACAGCCUCCAAGACUUGCCUGAGGCACCCAGACUGUGAGUCGGCGCGGAUCAACAAAGACGCUGUGUUUCACCGAAUGCGCUGUGCCCUGGAGCAGGUCAUCGAGAUUGUCACUGAGGCACGGAGCUCUGGGGAGAACAGGAUCCUUCCUGCCAGCAUCUACAAUGGCAUCAAGGAAUUUAAGUCCAGUGUGGAGUGCCUGCGGGAGAACCUAUACUCCUUGUCACCGCAGAGCAUGUCCAGCCAGCUGGAAGCGCUGGUUGAGAGGACAGAGGACUUCACUGAUUCGGCCUACACCAGUCACGAGCAGCGUCAGGCCAUCCUAGGUCUGUGCCAGCUGGCGCGCCAGGACACCCAGCAGCUGGUACACGCCUGGGUUGAGGCGCAGUCUGUCCAUGCCAAAGAGGCCACGAAGGACAUGGAGGUGGCCAUCCUGAAGACAUGCCAGAGAGUCAGUGACCUCCGACGCGAGCUCCAUAAGGUUGCGGUGGGCCGUGCCUCAGAUUUGCUGAAGGUUCACGGGGAGCAGUUGCCUCUGCGGGCUCUCAAAGCAGCGGGUGCAGAGGGAAACCUGGAGGAAGUAGCAGAGUAUUCACGCACGCUCACUGAGCAGAAGGAGCAGCUGGUGGAGACGUGUCGGCUGUUGUGCCAUGUGUCAGGAACAGAGCCAUUAGAGAUCACCUGUAUACACGCUGAGGAGACCUUCCAUGUCAUUGGUCCACAGAUCAUCUCAGCAGCCCAGACGCUGGCUCUCCACCCAUCCAGUAAAAUUGCAAAGGAGAACCUGGAAGUGUUCUGUGAGGCCUGGGAGUCACAGCUCUGUGACAUGGCCCUGCUGCUGAGGGAGAUCAACGACGUCUUUGAAGGCAGGCGAGGAGACAAAAGGCCUUAUUUGUCACUUCCUAGACCUGGGAAGCACUCCGCUAACUUGAAGACUGCCAAGGCUGUCAAGUUGGAUGCAGAGGAGCAGACAAGCAUGGCCAAGUUGGGUCUGGAACUUCGUCUUCUGUCGUCAGAUGUAGACACAGAGGUGGAAAAGUGGGAGGAACAGGAGCAUGAUAUUGUCCGGCAGAGCCAGAGCCUUGCCAGUAUGGCAUACAACAUGUACCUGUUCACCAGAGGGGAGGGACUCUUGAAAACAACACUAGAUCUUUUUCAUCAAGCUGAGGUUCUUUCUGAAGAAGGACUCCAGCUGUGCUCAUCUCUCGGCACUUUUUCCACUCAGUUGGUUGAUGAGGAAAAGACUGUGGUGAUGACAGAAAUGGAGAAACUGGUGGCAUUAUGCCAGCAGCUGCAGAUGGGGGCCAAGACUCCUGUACAGGGCAAGACUGCCACCUUCCAGAAGGUGGACUCAUCCAUUCAGGCAACCAGAAGCAUCUUGAAUGUGGUCCUCUCCCUCCUGCCACUCUGUAACAAGCUCAGUAGAAAGAACAAGUCAGACAGGAAUAGCCUCAGUUCCCCACAGGACUGGAGAGAAAGGCAGGAUGCAUCCACACCUGUCAAAGAGGAAGGAGCUCUCAACAGCAAGAACAGCAACGGAUUUGGCGUUAAAUCUUUGGAGCAGCACAUGGCCGGUCUCAACCUCCUUGAGAGCAAAUAAUCCCACAAAUCAUCUCUUCCUUUGUCCACUCUUCCUGAUGAAGCAGCGCAUAGCCGACCUCACCUCUCUGGAGAACACUACCACCCCCCUACCCCCGCCAUCCUUCAUGCACCCACCACAGAGUGGGCUAGUGUCGUCUGGUGAAGAUGGUUGCUUUGGCUCAACCAGAGUUUGCAUUUGCAUUCUGGAUGAUGUUUGCACAAAAAAAAAGCAGGUCUAAACUUUCUUUCCCACUGGGGUAAAUCCAGGGUAGCAUUUCACCUGAAGCACCAGUUCCACCCCAGUCCACAAGAUGGCGCUAUUACUGUACAAAAAAAAAAUACUAUGCUCUAAGUUUUCAAAGAAAGUGAAGCCUGGCGCAAACCUGGAUUUAUUUUUUUUUAAAUCGCUUUUCACUUCUCUUGCAUCUGAAUUAAUAAACUAAUUAAAAAUCAGGAGAGAACUCCACUUGAUGCUCAGCUCAGCCAUACAUCUAUCUUCACUAUGUGCCUCUGUGUGACAAGCCUAUGUGUUUUGUGGCGUUCUGUAAUUGUGUUGCACAAGUUGCGUGGAAAAAAAAAAAAAAAAAAAAA